UAAAAUCAUACGUUAAGCCCCUCCUCCCAUAUCACGUUUCUACUUCUCUCCAGAAAUUUUGAAUUGCCCCCAAAAUCCCAAUCCGAUUUUCUCACCGUCCCCAAUCGAUCGAGUUCUUCCGCCGAUUAAUUCCAGCUUCAAUUCCUCGAGAGCGAUCAUGAACGGAGGCAAAGCGAAUCACGAGGGCUCGUGGGCGGAUCAGUGGGAUUACAACAACUCCUCUUACCCCGUCGAACCCAAGGGCAGCAGCGACGGCGGGACCGCCGCAAAGUACAAGCAGAAGGUCGGGGAAGGCCUUGUGAAGACCAAGGCGGUGGCUUCGGUCGGCGCUAAGAAGGUCAAGGAAGGCGCCUCCGCUGGAUUCCACUGGAUCAAAGAAAAGUGCCAGAAGGUUACCCAGAAGCGUUGAUUUUGAAUUUUCUUGUUAAUUUCUUGAUACAGAGUUUUAAUUGCUUGGUUUUUGAAAUAUGAUUUGAGCUUCUAGUUUCGUUGUAGGGUGACUUGUUAUUGGUAAUUCGUUUGUACAAAUAAACUUGUAUGAUAUUUUGAUGAUAAAUGCAUGAAUCUAGCGUAGAAGGCUACCAGAAAUAUACAUAUUUAUCCAAUUAUUAUCAUUUUUUAAUAUUA